AUGGCCUCAUCAUCGUCCCAGGUUGACGGCGGAGUCAUGCUCGAGGAGCAGCAGCAGCAGCAGCAGCAGCAGCAGCAGCAAAUGGAGCAGCAAGAACAACAACAGGACCAGCAGCAGCCGAGCCCGCGCCUGGCGAAGCGCGGCACGAAGAGGAUCAGAACUCAGUCGCUUCCGCCUCCUGAUCUGCCGAAGCUUGUUGCAGAACAAGCCCAGCCCAUCCCCCACAGCGACAAGGACACCCAGCGCCUCAUUGUCGUGCUCUCAAAUGCCAGUCUCGAGACGUACAAGGCUUCGCACGGCGGACGCGCCGGUGUCGGCAAGGAAGACAAGUAUUCGCUUCUCAACAGCGACGAGCAUAUCGGUAUCAUGAGGAAGAUGGGCCGCGACAUCAGUGAUGCGCGUCCGGACAUCACCCAUCAGUGCUUGCUUACUCUUCUCGACUCGCCGAUCAACAAGGCUGGAAGGCUCCAGAUCUACAUCCACACAGCCAAGGGUGUCCUCAUUGAGGUUAGCCCUACCGUCCGCAUCCCCCGUACCUUCAAGCGGUUCGCUGGUUUGAUGGUGCAACUGUUGCACCGCCUGUCCAUCCGGUCCACCACGUCGCAGGAAAAGCUCCUCAAGGUUAUCAAGAACCCCAUCACCGAUCACCUCCCGCCGAACUGCCGCAAGGUCACGCUCAGUUUCGACGCGCCAGUUGUCAAGGUGCGCGAGUACAUUGAGGAUUUGGAUCCCAACCAAAGCGUCUGCGUCUUCAUUGGAGCCAUGGCCAAGGGCAAGGAUGACUUCGCCGACGACUUCAAGGACGACUCCAUCUCGAUCAGCAACUACAGUCUUAGUGCUAGUGUAGCAUGCUCCAAAUUCUGCCACGGUGCCGAGGAAGUUUGGAACGUCAUCUAA